CGCUAAAAGGGUAUGCAUCUUAAUUGAUGAGCUGUGAGGGUGCAAUCUACAAGAGUGCGGGUUCGCGUUCAGUCCAAGCUGAACAUAAACGCAACGCAAGGCCCCUCGACGCAGAUACCGCGCUCAGGAGCAUUCGAGAAGCCGAAGAAAAUUCGAAGACGAGGACCAGCUACACUGCGGACGGACUUCGGGCAUGGAGGGCCAGUUCCAGGUUGGCAAGGAGGAGGUCAUCCAAGCAUGGUACAUGGACGACAGUGAAGAGGACCAGAGGCUUCCUCAUCAUCGUGAGCCCAAAGAAUUCAUUCCUCUCGACAAACUUUCCGAACUAGGAAUAUUAAGCUGGCGCCUAAAUGCUGAUGAUUGGGAGAAUGAUGAGAACCUCAAGAAAAUUCGUGAAGCCAGGGGUUACUCUUACAUGGACAUUUGUGAUGUGUGCCCAGAGAAGUUGCCAAAUUACGAGGCUAAGAUAAAGAAUUUCUUUGAAGAACACUUGCAUACUGAUGAAGAGAUACGAUAUUGCCUUGAGGGUAGCGGCUACUUUGAUGUGAGGGACCAAGAUGAUCAGUGGAUCCGUGUAGCGGUAAAGAAAGGGGGCAUGAUCGUUUUGCCUGCAGGAAUGUAUCAUCGCUUUACGUUGGAUAGUGACAACUACAUCAAGGCAAUGCGUCUAUUUGUGGGUGAGCCUGUCUGGACACCAUACAAUCGUCCGCAUGACCAUCUCCCGGCUAGGAAGGAGUACGUCGAGAAAAUCAUCAACCGAGGUGGAAACCAAGCCGUCGAAGCUCGUUGAGCGUGUCCACUCUACAUGUCCUCCUGCCGUCUCAGCCUCUUGUGUUUUACACCCUACAACUCCUAGUACCGCCGAAUAAGAUUUGCUAUCUGCAAUGUGCUCAUGCCACCGCUGUGUGUGCCAGUUAACAGUUUGCACGAAACCCUAGAUAUUUUGUUAUACGAAUGAAUGACAUGUGGUGUUUGAUAAAUGAUGAAACGAUGAUGGUUCAAAUCAA